AUGACACCACCUUUCAAGACCAUCGCUAUCUUUGGGGCCAAUGGACAAAUGGGGAAGCCUGUCUUUGAAGCCCUGGUCAACUCCAAGGAGCCGGUAUUCAAAGUUGUCGCGUUUGUCUCUCCAGGAUCGAAUUUCAACCUCUUCGACUACGGGGAAGUAAAUGCGCUGAUCAAGAGAGUAGAUCUCAUGAAUGUUGCUACGGAUGACCUUGCAACAUUGUUGGCCCAUGAGAAGGUGGACGUGGUUUUCAGCGCUCUGGGUGGCGAAUUUCUUGCAAAGCAGAGUGUUGUUCAAGAUGCUGCGGCAAAAGCUGGAGUCAGACGAUUCUACCCCAGUGAGUUUGGAAUGCAUCAUGUGGCUUGGCUGCCUGAUGGGGAUGUAUAUCUUAAUCCUACCUGGGCAUUUAAAAUGAAGUGCCUCGAGGAUGCGCUUCAUCAUCCAUCUAUUUACGAUGGACGGAUGACAUACACUGUGGUCGGGUGUGCAGAUGCCUAUGACGCGCCUGGUGAGCCAUUGCUUUGUCCGUGGAUUGAGAAAGAUGAGUCCCGCUUGAAGAACAGAUGUGUUAUCCAUUGUGUAGGAAACCCAGACGCAAAAAUGGAUUAUUCCUCUCGGGUGGAUGUCGCGAAUUUCAUCGUUGAAACGCUUCGCCACCCAGAGAGAUCAGAAAACCAAUUGUUCGGAUUUCGAAGUGAUUUGAUCUCCUUUCGGGAAGUUGCACAUCUUCUACAACGGUAUUCGGGAAAACCGGUUAAAUUGAAUGUCAUUUCCGUAGACGAAAUGAAGAAAAUUAUCGAAGAUCCCUCGUCGGCGCCUGAAGAACUACAAGGAGACAGCACUUUUCCCAUAGAGUUCUUGAUGGUGCUUAGAUACAUUCAAGGCCAGGGCCUUUUCCGGAGGCCUCCAGGGCUGUUGAAUAACGAUCUUUUCCCAGAAGUCAAGACUCUCUCGGUCAAGAACUAUUUCAAGCAGCUUUUCGCAGCUUGA